AUGGCGAUGUCGUGGAAACUCACAAAGAAGCUCAAGGAGACGCACCUGGAGGACAAGGCCCAGCCCAGCCCCGGACUGGAGGCACCCAUCCCAGAGAAUGAUGCCCCUCCUGCUACAGGCAUGGUCCAGGCCCCUAUCGUCAAGCCACCCAAGCCUGGCAUCCUGGUCGUCACUCUUCAUGAAGGCCAGGGAUUCGCUCUCCCUGAAGAGCACCGAAAUGCCUUCACCUCACAGCACCAAGGUUCCCUCUCAACGAAUAAUGCCUCGGCCGCAGGCUCCGUCAGGCCUGGAUCCCAGCGCAUGGCAGGGUCCCUAGCCAACAACGGCGGCUCUCACCGGCCGCAUUCGUCUGCUGGCGGCUUUUCCGGUAUCCCCACAAACCACGGCCGAAUAUCAGGAAAAUACAUGCCAUAUGCUCUCCUCGAUUUCGACAAGGUCCAAGUCUUUGUCAAUUCCGUACAAGGAAACCCAGAGAACCCUCUAUGGGCAGGUGGCAACACGCAGUACAAGUUUGAUGUGUCCCGCGUUACAGAGCUCGUCAUUCACCUGUAUCUGCGCAACCCGAACGCUGCGCCUGGCGCAGGACGUAGCCAGGACAUUUUCCUUGGUGUCGCCCGCAUCAACCCCAAGUUCGAGGAGCGACAGCCGUUUGUGGAAGACCCUAAGCUCAGCAAGAAGGAUCGCGAAAAGGCUGCUGCUGAGUACGCUCAGAGGCAGGGCGGAGAGGGCCACAGCGGCGUUGAUUGGGUCAACGUGCAGUUUGGCUCUGGCAAGAUCAAGGUCGGUGUCGAGUACGUAGAGACUCGAGUUGGCAAGCUCAAGAUUGAAGACUUUGAAUUGCUCAAGGUUGUCGGCAAGGGCAGCUUCGGCAAGGUCAUGCAGGUUCGCAAAAAGGACACGAACCGAAUCUACGCACUCAAGACGAUUCGAAAGGCGCACAUCAUUUCCCGAUCUGAAGUGGCGCAUACCCUUGCUGAGCGAUCUGUGUUGGCGCAGAUUAACAAUCCCUUCAUUGUACCGCUCAAGUUCAGCUUUCAAUCGCCCGAGAAGCUGUACUUUGUUCUAGCCUUUGUCAAUGGCGGUGAACUCUUCUACCACCUCCAGAAGGACGGCCGGUUUGACGUGAAUCGCGCACGAUUCUACACGGCUGAACUGUUGUGUGCUCUCGAGUGUUUGCAUGGAUUUAGUGUCAUCUAUCGCGACCUCAAGCCCGAAAACAUUCUUCUCGAUUAUCAGGGCCAUAUUGCGCUGUGCGACUUUGGUCUCUGCAAGCUCGACAUGAAGGACGAGGAUCGAACAAACACCUUCUGCGGCACACCCGAAUAUCUCGCCCCAGAACUCCUCAUGGGCCAAGGCUAUAACAAGACGGUUGAUUGGUGGACCCUGGGUGUCUUACUCUAUGAGAUGCUGACGGGUCUGCCGCCUUACUAUGACGAGAAUGUCAAUGAAAUGUACCGCAAGAUCCUGUCGGAGCCGCUGCACUUUUCUGAUAUUGUGCCACCGGCCGCCAAGGAUCUGCUUACGAAGCUGCUCAACCGUGAUCCGAAGCAGCGACUUGGAGCUAACGGCUCUGCUGAAAUCAAGGCGCACCCGUUCUUCCACGCCAUAGAUUGGCGCAAGUUGCUGCAGCGCAAGUAUGAGCCUACAUUCAAACCCAGUGUUGCCGACGCACUGGAUACCGUCAACUUUGACCCUGAAUUUACAGGUGAGGUGCCGCAAGACUCGCUUGUGGAAGGCCACCCACUAUCGCAAACGAUGCAGAAUCAGUUUACUGGAUUCAGCUACAACAGGCCGAUUGCCGGACUGGGAGAUGCCGGCGGCAGCGUCAAAGACCCAUCGUUUGUGGGGAGCAUCCCCGAGCACGAGUAG